AUGUAUGAAGAUCAAGAUAUCGACAAUAUAGAGCUUGCCAUGCAGCUAAUUUCCGUUUCAGAUCAUCAAUAUGAAAAAGGGCAAAGUGAUGCAAAUAAGGAAGUUGCUAUAUCUUCAAGACAACCAAUGUUGGUUUGCGAUGUUUGUACUAAUACAAUUAUCGAGAGCUUGCAUCAUCCCACUUAUUUCCCAGAUGGAGCUCCAGUUUGCUGCGACAUAAUAUGGAAACAAACAAUUUGUCCCAAACAUCUAGAGGAUAGAACUCCAAUAUGCUGUGGCUGCAUGAGGUUAAAGACAAGUGAUGUAACAUAUAUAAAUCUCGGUGAAGGUCGGGAAAUAUGCCUAGAUUGUUAUUCUACCGCAAUCGUCGAUAUCCGACAAUGUGAACCUCUCAUGAUCCAUAAAUGUCACGAAUUUUUCCGUACACUCAACCUGGACCUUCCGGACGACGUUCGUGUCUUCUUGGUCGAUAAGAAAGAGAUGGAUAGACUAAACUGCGAGCAAGAACCCACGCCUUUCGGGUUGCCUUUCAAGGCAGAUAUGGGCACCAUCACCGGCGUUACAAGUUGUUCGCGGAAAGGGGAUAGCGUUGUAGUGGAGCGACAGUUUCAUGGUGAUUAUAGAACCGGCAUAGCAAUUUUGUUCGGUUUGCCCAAGAUUAUGACGCAGGCAAUCUUGGCUCAUGAGAUGAUGCAUGUAUGGUUUCGAUCGAAAGGUAUCAUAUUCGGGGAACUGGAAAAGAAACUGGAAGAAGGAAUGUGUCAAGUAAUAGGUUGGAAAUGGUUGGAUUGGCUGGACAGUGAAAUUACUUCAUCAUCAUCAGCAACUACUAGUCAUGAGCAGGCUCAGUUUCUGAGAAAAUUAGUACAAACAUACAAGUUUGUAGUGGAAAAGCAUGACUCUGAUGAAUAUGGCCAAGGAUUUAGAGAGGUCCAACGAGCAGUUGCAAGAUUUGGCCUUGAAACUACAAUUAAUCAUAUGAUUACAACUUACAAGAAAAAAGCUUCCAGAAGAAUGCCAGUCACACUCUAG